GCGCAUGACGCACGCAGGACGCGCGUAAAAGCAUCCGAGCCCCGUUCAGCCGUGUCAGUGCACCGCGUGGCUUCUUCCGCCGAAAACUUCGGUCUCUCCUCGGUUUAAGUGCUGAAUAACUGUUUUCUCCUCGUGUGAAGCGGAAACGCGUCCUCGAUGAUGCUCGGAUUCGGUCGGCGUGUUUGUUCCACGUUACGGACGCGUAAUGUGAGGAUUUGUCUUCUUGGAAUAACGGAGGGCGCUGCGUAAAAAGGAAAGUCUCCAAGUCCGUUUGAGUUCUGCAGAAUGGGGCCUUCCUUUACGCUGCUUGUCGUUGCUUUUUUAGGUUGGACUGAAGGUUCCAGUCUUCACUACCUGGACAUCCGGUCAAACCGCCUCUCCCUGGAGAAAACCUUCGGCCGUUCGGCAAAAGACUCCCAGUGCCAACACAUGCUGAAACAUCUUCACAACGGAGCCAGGAUCACUGUGCAGAUGCCUCCUAAUGUCGAGGGUCACUGGGUGUCGACCAGCUGUGAGGUGAGACCAGGCCCGGAGUUCCUCACACGCUCCUACCGCUUCUACCCCAACAGCACCUUCCAAGCACACCAGUUUUACUACGAGGACAACCACUGCACCAAGCCCACUUACACGCUGGUGGUUCGUGGUCGUCUGCGCUUACGGCAAGCCUCCUGGAUCAUUCGUGGCGGCACUGAGGCUGAGUACCAGCUCCACCGUGUCCAGAUGGUGUGUCACACAGCCGCUGUAUCCAAAGAGCUCAGCCAGAGACUCAACCACAGCUGUCGAGGAGCCCUGAAGGGCCCCUGGGAACCGAACGUGAGCAACGAGCUGUGGAGCGAGGAGGGCGGCUGCGACUGUUCCCGGGAGCUCAACUUUGCCAUGCAUGAGCUGCAGCUGCUGAGGGUGGAGAAGCAGUACCUGCACCACAACCUGGACCAUCUAGUUGAAGAGCUGUUUCUCGGCGACAUCCACACCGAGCCGUCCCAGAGGAUGUACUACAGACCCUCCAGCUAUCAGACCGCCCUGCAGAACGCCAAGAACCACGACCACGGCUGCAUUGCCUGUCGCAUCAUCUACCGCUCAGAUGAGUUCCAUCCACCUAUCCUGCCACCACGGGCUGACCUGACCGUUGGUCUGUAUGGACAGUGGGUGAGCCAGCGCUGCGAAGUUCGUCCUGAGGUUCUCUUCCUCACCCGUCACUUCAUCUUCCUCGAUAACAACCACACAUGGGAGGGUCACUACUACCACUACUCUGACCCUGUGUGUAAACACCCCACCUUCACCAUUUAUGCCCGAGGUCGCUACAGCCGAGGGCUUCACUCCACGCGUGUCAUGGGUGGGACAGAGUUUGUCUUCAAAGUGAACCAAAUGCGAGUGACACCCAUGGACUUGGCCACCACAUCCCUCCUCAAUGUCUUCAACGGUAAUGAGUGUGGAGCGGAGGGGUCCUGGCAGGUCGGGGUGGAGCAGGAUGUCACCCUGACCAACGGCUGCAUGGCGCUGGGCAUCAGACUUCCCCACACAGAGUAUGAGCUCUUCCGCAUGGAGCAGGACGCCCACGGCCGCUACCUUCUGUACAACGGCCAACGUCCUAGUGACAGCUCCAGUCCGGACCUGCCUGAGAAGCGGGCCACGUCCUACCAGAUGCCUCUAGUUCGGUGUGCAGCGAACAGCCAGUCGCCCGAAUACAGCCGAGGUGACAACAACAAGCGGCCUCUGCGGCUCUACAAUGACUGCACGUGCUGGCACCGAGGCAGCCCCAGACAUGCCUUGGUGGCUCUUGCCGUGUUAAUUAUGCUCCUGCUUUUCUGCUGGCAAAGCUAGAGUGCAGGGUGGAGACUUGUUUUCCUACACAGAAACAAAAAGGGCCACAGUUUGGAUUUUAAAUGAACAGUGCAGACAGGAAGAAAGCUUGUCAAAAUAACAGACGGCAAACUUUACUUUUUCUCCCUUACUCGUGCGGAGAAAGAAGGCAAACACUGGUUUUGUUGACCUGAAAUUCUUCCCAACUACCAAAAAAAAAACAAAAAAAAAAAAAACAACCCUGCUGCACCUCAGUAACUGCACUUUACAGUGGAUCCGAAGACCACAAAUAUAGAAAGUCUGGAAUGUUUGUCUCCACAAAGACCUGAUGGUAUGUUUUAUACAACUAUAGUUACCUCUUAAUACUGGGUAAAGGAAACGCUGUAGAAGCAUUUUUCAACAAUCAAUUCUAACAACCGUGUCAGAUAUAUUUGUUGGUUGGCAUCAAUAUACAAUAAAAGGAAACUCAAACUACUAACUCAAAUCCUGAUUUGUUACUUUACAGAAAUGUUCCACUCAGUCUGUUGCACAAAGAUCUUGCUGUCAAUAUUUUCUCUGUAUUCCGUUCAAACUGUUUCUCCUGCAGCAACACCAAAUCCAUUCAUAGCAGUCAAACAAAUCUCAAGCCACCAAGAAAGACGUGAGUGUAAUGUUAAUUUAAAACAUAGCAAAUGCAGAAAGUCAAUCUUCAAAAUGCUAACAUUCAGAAAGAUUUGCAGUAGUUUUAAAAGCACCACUGUCAGUAUGUGGGGGACGGUGGGGGGGUAUUUUAGGGUAGUCGUAUAUUGAGGAAACAUUUUUACAGCUGGAGUGAGAAUUAUUCAAGAGGGUGCAAGUGUUUCUCCUUGGACACCAUAGCAUUUAGUGGAUGAGUUGAGGAGUGGGGCACUGGUCCAUCAAAGGUUACUUCCCCAGCCAAGCCCAGUACUACCCACUUACAUCUGGGUAGACUGGGACAAUGCAAAUUGUUUUGUUCAAGAACAGGCACAAACUGGGCAUCACAUCCAUAUCUACAUAUUCCACUGUGCCACCUGCUCUACCAAUCAAGAUGGCAAGAAGUCAUGUAAAUAACCCAGUUUAUAUCUUGUGCUCAGAAUACACUAAACUGCUAACCGCUUUGUUCGGUACAGAACGCUGAAAACAUGAAUGAGCUCUGGCACAUCGUGAUCCAAUUAUGUAAGCUGCACGGUAGGGGUGGGGUCAAAUUAUGUGCAGUGUACAAAUGACGUUAAGACUGUUCCACCACAAUUUCAAGAAAUAGAAUACAUUUCACUGAAGCACAUUCAGAUCAAGACAGACAAGUGGAAUCAGUCGUGCCAUGAAUGUGCAACUACUACACUACAGACACAUCCUGUGAUG